GCUGAGCGCAGUCAGCGUCCGGCUUGCGGAAAUGGGGCUAAGCAGGUAUCACCCACCCGCAGUAUGCGGUGUACACCCUCUGCGGCUUUGAAACCUAUCUAAUUAUUGUUGCUCCUCAAUGCCUUGUUCGUCCGCUAUCACGUCCAACAUGACCCAGAAGCAGACCCGUCAAGUUUCGGACAGAGUCUACGCCAUCACUCAUUCCAAGGAGACAGUCACGACUGCCUUCGCCUCUUCCCAGGACUCUUCCCCUGGUCGAAUUAUGAAGAAAUUGUACCGCGACUACCGACGUCACAAGCACAAGGACAGGGGUAGCAGCUGGUCUGUAGGGGUGCAACAAGACACAGCGACGAAAGAGGAGCACUCGACACGCGAGAAGUACCAUGUACAACCAGACCUCUCAUCACUCUCAACCGAACCAACACAAGCUGACCUCGACAGAGCUGCGGAAUGCGGAGACUUUGGUAGACGACCAAGCGAUCUGUUCCUGAAGAUGUAUGUGGACGUACUUGCGGCCAUCGAUAAGGAGCUGUGGUCAGGUGUCGUAUCACCCCCGUUGCUUGGUUCCAGGGGCGUCGUCACCAUGUCCGUUAUAUCCGUGAUACCCGACAUCAUGCAACAUCAUUAUGACUGUAUUGUCGCGGCACGGCACGAGAUCUUCCUCGCCACCAACUUUUGGCAGGCAUCCACGUCUUCACAAAAAAUAUGUCAAGCCCUGAAAGAACUUUCAAGACGCGCGGAACGGAGGGGAAAAAGAGUGGUCGUGAAAGCCAUGUACGACCGGGCACACUUCAAGAUGUUCACUCACAACCGUGUUUACGUCGAAGAAGAGGAAUGGUUGAAGGAAGUGGUCAUGUUACCGAAACGGAGUGAAAUACCAUGGAUAGACUUCGAGCUUGUGAAUUAUCAUCGCCCGCUGCUUGGAACGUUUCAUACUAAGUUUAUGAUCGUAGACCGUAAGAUUGCACUGGUAGCAUCGAACAACAUCCAAGACCGCCCAAACAUGGAAAUGAUGGUGCACCUCGAAGGUCCCAUCGUGGAUAGCUUGUACGAUAUGGCGCUCCUCUGCUGGUCUAAACCAAUGCAUCCUCCAUUACCGUUGCUGAACGAGCCAUUCCAGCCACCCAUGGGCGGAUAUAAAUUUGGAAUGGAUAACGAAUACUCGACGCUUCACAACCUUGAUGGUUCCAAGGGUGCUGAGCUUUAUCACAGGUUUGCACAGCAAGAUCAUCCCAUCAAUGAUACGCCACCCGAAGCUGACAAGGUUUUCAUCUCCGGUAGAUAUCAAACUGUUACGGAACAUCUAAACGCUGGCAACCAACCGAACACACGUGCCACCUAUGCCACUGUACCGCAAACGCCAGCUCUGGCCGACGAGUAUACACCACACGUGCUUCACGCGAUACAUGACGAAUGCCCGAUGGCACUUGUGAAUCGUGGUCCGAGAGGAUCACCAACGAACCCGCGCCAGGCAUUGCACAAUACGCAAGAUAUCGCCUGGUUGGCUGGCCUAAAGUAUGCCAAAAAGAAGGUCUUUAUUCAAAGCCCGACCUUCAAUGCUCCGCCAGUCGUCGAAGCAGUGUUGAAAGCCGCUCGGCGGGGCGUUGAAUGCACCCUCUAUAUAGACGUCGGAUUUAACGACGGAGGGGAGGCAUUGCCUGAUCAAGGUGGCACAAAUGAACAGGUUGCCAAGAAGAUGUACGCAGAGCUUGACGAACAGGGAAAGCAGAAGUUAAGGAUGUUUUGGUACACUGGCAAGGAUCAGAACAAGCCUAUCAAUGCGUCUGCAAGAAAACGAAAUUGUCAUAUAAAACUGAUGGUCAUCGACGAUAUUGUAGGCAUCGUCGGCAGUGGGAAUCAUGACACACAAUCGUGGUUCCAUAGUCAGGAGGUAAACGUGAUGAUUGACAACCCCAAGGUCUGUGAGGAAUGGCUUGAUGCCAUCCGGAGAAAUCAAAACACACACCUCCACGAGCUACAAAAGGACGGUAUAUAUCGGGAUGCGGACGGGAACGUGCUUGCGGAUUCGGUGUACAUCAAACCAGGGUUUCUUGGUGUCAUCAAGGGAAUGCGCAGUUCGAUUGCAAGAGUGCGCGGGAAGAGUGGACCAUGAGCUGUUGCAUCGUGCAUCUCUUCCGGGAUUUGUAUUUCUACGUCAUCAUAUGAUGACCAUGUAUCCUAUGUAUUAUUUGUUCUCGUGAAGCAAGUGUUGCUGACAGACUUACGGCAUCAGUAGACCACUUUGUGAGCUGGUAGUCCUAGGGAUUCUGUCCAGUGCUGGACAGCUCUGGCCAGCUCUGCAGCAAAAGUGAUUUACUGAUG